CUCUUCCAAGUGGAGUACGCCCAGGAGGCGGUGAAGAAGGGCUCCACCGCCGUUGGGAUUCGAGGGCUGGACAUAGUUGUCUUGGGGGUAGAGAAAAAGUCUGUUGCCAAGCUUCAGGAAGAAAGAACUGUAAGAAAGAUAUGUGCGCUUGAUGAUCACGUCUGCAUGGCUUUUGCAGGUCUGACUGCUGAUGCCAGAAUAGUAAUUAAUAGAGCCCGUGUGGAGUGUCAAAGCCAUAAGCUUACUGUCGAGGAUCCAGUCACAGUAGAGUAUAUAACACGCUAUAUAGCAACUCUAAAGCAGCGUUACACACAGAGCAAUGGACGUAGACCCUUUGGUAUUUCUGCCUUGAUUGUGGGCUUUGAUGAUGAUGGUAGUCCCAGACUGUACCAAACAGAUCCAUCUGGCACAUAUCAUUCUUGGAAGGCUAAUGCAAUUGGUCGCAAUGCUAAAGCUGUGCGAGAAUUUUUGGAAAAGAAUUACAAAGAAGAAGCUAUAGCAACUGACAGGGAAACUAUCAAAUUAGCAAUAAGAGCUUUGCUAGAAGUUGUGCAGUCUGGUGGAAAAAACAUUGAACUUGCCAUAAUCAGAAGAAAUCAACCACUGCAGAUUUUUAGUGCAAAGGACAUUGAAUCACAAGUUGCUGAAAUAGAGAAAGAAAAAGAAGAAUCUGAAAAGAAAAAGAAGAAAAGUAUUUAAAUUUCAGCAAAAAGAAGAUAGCUGCUAUUGAAAUGUUUCUGGAGUUGUAACAGCUGCUAAUUGACAGUGUUUACCGUUGCUGAAUAAUCUUAUCUAUUUAAUUAUUGAAUACAUUAGUUUUCUUAAACUGUGUUACAGAUGUGUUAAAUCCAAUGUGCUCGUUGUAUUCACCAGCAUGUGCAUACACGAAUAUAUUUGCAUUUUGCUGUUCCUCCAAGUUUAAUGUGCAUCCAGCAUUCAAAGGCAUUGGCACAUUUCCUGCACACAAAUUAUCACCAAGCUAUUUGGCAUAUCUCUGUAUAAGUUAUUUAAAGGUUUCAGGUUUUCUUGUGUAAGUUUUUGCAAGUCUAAUAUUUGUUUGCUUUUACUAGCGUGAUACAUAUGUAGUCCAAUAAAAAUUAAGAAUGAAAUAAAGUUUUGAUUUGUUCUGACUGGC